UUCCUGGUCUACUCCUCCCAACAAAUUCGCGUUGGUUCUGUUCAUUUGAUAUUUCAAUUCAAUCUCAUUCAUCAAUCCAAAAACUUCCCUCUCAAAAAAGUCUCGUCUCUCUCUCUCUAGAUCUAGCCUCCGUCGUUCUCUCUCCUUUCUCUAAUGGGUCUCAUGGAUCCUGAACCCAUGAGCAAUGGGGCCGAGCCCAAGAUCCCAAAGCUCAAGGGCAAGUACAUGAGAAUGGAUGGGCAGUUCAAUGAAGAGAUUGAAGAACCAAUUCGAAGAAAGAGAGGGAGGAGUGACAGUGAGAAGUAUGUCUUUGCUUGCGCCGUCUUCGCUUCUCUCAAUAAUGUGCUCCUUGGAUAUGAUGUGGGUGUUAUGAGUGGAGUCAUUCUCUUCAUGAAAGAAGACCUCAACAUAUCAGAAGUACAACAAGAAGUCUUAGUAGGAUGCCUAAGCAUUGUCUCCCUCUUAGGCAGCCUUGGUGGCGGCAAAACCUCAGACCUAGUCGGCAGAAAAUGGACUAUAGGCCUCGCCGCCAUAGUUUUCCAAAUCGGUGCAGCCAUCAUGACCUUCGCCCCGAAUUUCCUCGUCCUCAUGAUCGGUCGAAUCAUUGCUGGUAUCGGUAUAGGGUUUGGAGUCAUGGUUGCCCCUGUGUACAUUGCAGAGAUUUCGCCUACUAUCGCUCGAGGCACCUUUACGUCCUUCCCUGAAAUUUUCAUCAAUUUGGGUAUUUUGCUCGGCUAUGUGUCAAAUUACGUGUUUUCUGGGUUAUCCGCACAUAUAAGUUGGAGGGUGAUGCUCGGGGUAGGAAUACUUCCUUCUGUUUUCAUUGCAUUUGCAUUGUUCAUGAUACCAGAAUCGCCAAGAUGGUUAGUGGUGCAGAAACGAAUCGAAGAAGCUCGAUCUGUACUACUUAAGGUUAGCGAGAAUGAAGCAGAAGCUGAUCAGAGACUGGCAGAAAUACAAAAAGCUGCAGUAGGUUCAAAUGAAGGGAAAGCAGUUUGGAGAGAGAUAUUGAGGCCUACUCCUGCUCUACGUCGAAUGUUGAUCACUGGAUUAGGGAUUCAGUGUUUUCAGCAGAUAACGGGUAUCGAUGCUACAGUUUAUUACAGUCCAACGAUAUUCAGAGAUGCUGGAAUUAAAUCAAAGACUCAGAAUCUUGCAGCAACGAUAGCUGUUGGUGUUACAAAAACUGUGUUUAUCUUGGUAGCGAUAGUCCUGAUUGAUAGAGUUGGCAGAAAACCGCUGUUAUAUGUUAGUACUAUCGGGAUGACUUUUUGCUUGUUCGCAUUAGGGUUAUCUCUUUCAUUACUCGGGCACGAUAUUGUGUCCCCAAAUGCCGUGAUUGCACUAGCGAUAUUGGCGGUUUGCGGCAAUGUUGCAUUUUUUUCGGUGGGUAUGGGACCAGUCUGCUGGGUAUUGACUUCUGAGAUAUUUCCUCUUAAGGUUAGAGCUCAGGCUUCCGCUUUUGGUGCAGUUGGCAAUAGAUUGAGCAGUGGAUUUGUUGCUAUGUCAUUUUUGUCGAUGUCUGAGGCUAUAUCGGUCGGAGGGACGUUCUUCAUUUUUUCAGCGAUCUCUGCGUUGUCGGUUGUUUUCGUGUAUUUCUGUGUUCCCGAGACAAAGGGGAAGUCUCUGGAGGAGAUUGAGUCUUUGUUUCAGAGUGGCAGAGAUCAGUGGAAUCAGAUUGAAGUUGAGCUUGAAGACGUUCAGCAUUUAGUACAGAAAGAGUAGUUUCACUUGGGAGGUUCCCUCUCUUAUAAAGAACUGAUAGAGUUGCAGUUGGUGAUCGGUGAUUUUUCUGUAGUCAAGAAAUGUGGCAUUGUUUUUUGUAGACGUUAUACCACCGGAAUCUUUCUCAGAUAAAGUCUGGGUCAUGUUUGAUGAACUUUUGAUGUACACGUGUGUAGAAGUUCAACUGGAAGAAAAAAAAAAGGUAUUCUUUGCA